AUGGAAUCAUUUCGACCGGCGCCCAUCGAGCCUUAUCGCGUACUAGUCCACAAUUACCCAUCCCACGACCCCGACGCCAACCGCUUCGCCCAAGCCUACGAGUAUGAGACCGAUGGCCUCAAGAGAAACGCGCUUAUCUUUCUGGGUGGUCUUGGUGACGGCCCUCAUGGUAUCCCAUAUGUCAAAAAGAUAGCUAAUGCUAUCGCUGGUGAAUCUGACUACGCGGUCUACGAACCCCGACUCAGCAGCGCCUUCUCGGCCUGGGGAUACGGUAGCCUCCACAACGACGUCAGGGAAAUUAGUGCUUUGGUCAAGUAUUUGCGCACCCCGACGUUUAAGAUGGGCAGGAUCGUGCUGAUGGGCCACUCCACGGGCUGUCAGGACUGCAUGUACUACGCCACACACGGCGAUGAGAUGGGGCUCGAGAAGGUAGAUGGGUUCAUCUUGCAGGGACCAGUGUCGGAUCGCGAGGCGAUUCUGGCAGUCUUUGAGGAGGAGUCGCCCGGGAAGGGACAGGCAAGGAUGGACCUGAGCGUUCAAGUUGCGAAGAAGAUGAUAAGCGAAGGAACGGCGCAAGAUUGCAUGCCGCGAGAGUGGUUGCCAAAGGAGUUUUGGGCUUCUCCGGUUUCUGCUUAUAGGUGGUUUUCGUUGGCGAGCUUUGGCGGUGACGAUGACUACUUCUCGUCGGACCUACUAGAUGAAAAACUGGCCGAGAUUUGGAGCAAGGUUUCCAAGCCGACUCUUAUUCUGCCAUCCGAGAACGACGAGCAUGUUCCAGAGUGGAUUGACGUUGUCGAUGUGAUGGCCAAAUGGAAGAAAUUCUGUCAGGAGGAUGUAAUCUCGAGCUUAUCGGGCCUCAUCCCCGAGGCAGAUCACCGAGUGGAAUUUGGCCCGGCUGGGGAGCCGGCGAACCUGGCGCAAAGCUGGCUCUGUGAUCGGGUGCAUGCCUUUCUGAAGCAGCUGGAGCGACACGGGCAAGAAGAAGCCAUUGAUGCUGCCACCGAGUCCCAGUAAUCUGUGACCGAUAGCCGUAGAUCACAUGUCAGGAAUCAAAGGGGACUUUGGUGAUAUCCUCGCAUUCGGGGACUACUCAAGAAACCAUGGAUGACUAAUCUGGAUCAAGGAUACAUCGCGGAUCCCUUUCAUGAUGCCC